AUGAUUGCCACAUUGUUGCCGCUGGUCACGCUUCUGCUACUUCCCGCCUGCGGUCCUCAGCUGGCACGCAGCUCCUUCUCCGCCCGUUCGGCCCACACGCUCUGGUCGGAAGGACCAGCGACGGCAUCGGAAAAGUGCUCAAGCAGCGGUACGCUGAAGUACCUUUCCGGGGAUGCGCUCACCGAUAGCCCGAACUGUGUCGGGCCGAAUAAUGCGCCCUAUCCGGCUAGUCUGGUAGCAAGGACCUUCUCGAACUGGGCACCGGGUGGAUCCUCUCGGCGGGGUCGUAUGAGCCAGCUGCCCACACUCGACCCGAUGUUGACGCAACGUGCUCUUCUGCAGGCGUAUGGAGACGCUAACGAAGCUGCUACGCUCGAAACUGCCCGCACACGAUACAGUCGCUCGCUGGACAGCACUCAGUGCCGGGAUACGCCAUCGCGUCUGUGCAAAACUCGCUACAACACCACCGCUCCAAUGUACGGCGUCAGCCUGACUUCCGGCCAACCGGUCACGAUCGUGCAGAAGUUCCCCGAUCUCCUGCAGCAGGUCGUCUUCGAGGUGUGCGAAUCUUCCGAGUGUGAUGUCGUCCGGGGUGAGUGCACGCAAACGUACGUUCCGUAUCUGUUCCUGGUGAUUCCACUCGGACCGGUGACACUGACCGGCCAGGAUUACGUGCUGGUGGAGAGUGGGUGUGUCUGCAAGCCGAAGUACGCGACCGACAAACCGCGAGAGACCGGUGGUAACUUCAUCCCUUGA